AUGAUAUUUAUUAGCAUAUUUCUGCUUGCAACUCUUGCAAUCUUUGCAAAUUCUAACAUACGGGUAAAACGAGUACCUGGACCACCAGGACUCCAAAAUAGUCAAGACGUGCUUGGACAGCUCGAUCCUUCAAGUUUGAGUGCACCGUCAGGAUUCAGUGAACCUUCAAUUUUUGAUGCACCACCAAAUUUUAAUGACCCUUCCAUUUUAAAUGCACAACAGCCUCCAAGAACGUUUGAAAUACCGAGUAUAGGACAUGAUUCAAGACAGCCCAGGCUGACCUCUGGAGGGAUAAACUAUCCCGAGCAAUUUGUUGGUCGAAUUUAUGGCAGGCCAUCCUACGCAAUAAAGCCUCAACCACCACAAUAUCCACCACCAGUUCCACCACAGUACUCAGCACCUCUUCCACCACCACCUCCACAAAAAUAUGCACCACCAGUUCCCCCACCAGCUCCACAAAAAUAUGCACCACCAGUUCCCCCACCAGCUCCACAAAAAUAUGCACCACCAGUUCCCCCACCACCUCCACAAAAAUAUGCACCACCAGUUCCACCACAAUAUUCACCACCAGCUCCACCAGUUCCUCCACAACUUCCACAACCAGUAUACCAAUCUAAACCUCUCCAACCACAAGGAUAUCAAAGGCCACAGAUCCCGGAAAUUAAAUCAAGACCAGAAGUACCCUAUCGUUCUGCCCCACAACCUAUACCAGUACCUCAACCAUCAUACUCUAGAUCUUCAUACCAACGACCACCAUAUCAUGCUUGA